AUGGUUAAAGCACCUCAUAAUCAUCAUGAUCAUGAUCAUCAUCACGGUCAUCAACAUGGCCACCAACAUGGUCAUCAUCAACAUUCAAAUAGUAGUAGCGGUCCAAGUCCAAUUCAACAAUUAACAUCAGCACAAUUACAAAGAGAAAGAGUAGAAUCGAUUGAACACUAUAAACACUUUAUUACAGAUACUUUACUUGUCGAUCUAGAAACAUUUGAAGAAAAGAAAGAAGAAUUGGCAAUUGAAUUGGAGGGAUAUUUAGAAUUAAAGAGUAAUAUUGAAUUAAUGAUAGAGAAUGAUAUGAAGGAAUUGAAAACAAUGAUGAAUAUUGGUAGUGAGUGUUAUGUAAAAGCAAAGGUAUACGAUACCAGCAAGAUAUUUGUCAACAUUGGUAUGGGUGUAAGCGUACAAUAUACCCUAGGUGAAGCAAUUGAAUUUAUCAACAAAAAAGAGGAUUAUUUAAAUCAACAUAUAGAAAAAUAUACUAAAAAGGUACAUAGUAUAAGAGGGAAAAUUAGUUUAAUAGAAAAAGGAAUAAAUGAUUUGGCAUCAUUAAAGGAUUUAGUUUGUUAUAAUCAAUUAAUUAGUAAAGAUUGUAUUGAACUAAUCUCAUCAUCUAUUGCAAGAAUAUUCUUGAUUACUUGUUGGACCUUAUCAAUAAUGAAUCAAGCUCGUUUCAUUAUUCUUUCUGACUUUGGAAUGGAUCAAGACGUGCCGACACCAAAUUGGUUUGAAAAGAUGAAGAUUAAUGACUGA